GAUCCCCGCAGGCCCCGCCCCCUCGGCUACGAGCGGCUGUGGGGCAAUCGGGGGCGUGUCCCGCGCGGGCCACGCCCCUUCCUGUCCCGGCCACGCCCCCUCGCCCACUCAUUGACCGGAGCGCGGGGGAGCGGGAGCGACCGGGAGAUACUGGGAGCCCCAUGCCGGACGCCGACCCCCGCCUGGACCGGGGCCGCUGGGCGGCCGCAAGUCUCCGCCCCCUCCCGGAGGCCCCGCCCCCUUCGUCCUCCUCCUCCUCCGCAAGCCCCGCCCCCCGCGGCCACGCCCCCCGCGGGCUCUGGCGCCGAUUGGCCGGCUGCUGCGGCUGCUGUCGCCGGGCGGGGCGGGAAGAUUGGGACCCCCAGCCGGGGGAGGUGCCGGGGACACGCCCCCCCCAGCGGAUACGCCCAGGCCUAUUGGUCCCCACGGGGCUGGUGCUGGGCUCGGCAGCCAAUCGCGUGGCUCACCACACGGCGGCCUUCGCCGGCCCCCUGCUGGUGGUGAGGCGGGGCCAGCCCUUCGAGCUCCGCCUCCUGCUGCCCCGCCCCUUCGACCCCGAGGGCGACGCCCUGUGCGUGGAGCUGCUGCUGGGCCCCACCCCCCAGGUGGCCAAAGGCACCCACGUCCUCAUCCCAUUGGGCGAGCGCUCGGCCACGGGUUGGAUGGCGGAAGUGGCGGGAGAGGAGGCGGAGCCGGAGGGGGCGGGGCCAGGAGGCCACGCCCUCAUCCUCAACCUAUCGGCGCCGCCGGACGCUCCCAUUGGCCGGUACCGAGUGAGCGUCAAGACCAGGACGGGGGAGGGGGAGUUCGCCGCCCCCUUCAGCCCCGGAAAUGACGUCGUGUUGCUGUUCAACCCCUGGUGCCCAGAGGACGCGGUGUUCAUGGAGCCCACGAGCGACCUCGACGAGUUCGUCCUUAACGAGAGCGGGACGAUCUUCUACGGCACCGAGGAGCAGAUCGCCGAACGCGCCUGGAAUUACGGCCAGGUACCCAAAAUUCCCGCUUUUCCACCCAAAAUUCCGACUCGGCGACCCCGAAUUCAUCACGUUCGGCCCAAAAAUGGUGGAAAUCGGCCCAAAAACGGCGGAAAUCGGCCCAAAAAUGGGCGAGUUGGGCCUAAAAAGGGACAAGUUGGGGUGGGAGUGGGAGACUAGGCCGCAAAAAUUUGG